AUGAAGAUCAUCCUCACAGGCGCAACUGGCUACGUCGGCACAGAGAUCCUCGACCAAGCAAUAGCACACAACUACAUCGAGCACAUCUACUGCAUCACUCGCAAACCUCUCGACCGCAAAUACUUUGCAAAAGCCGCCAAGGGCAAAGUCACCGAGCUCAUCCACGAGAACUUUGGCAACUAUGAAGAUUCGUUGAUGCAGUUUUUGAAGGAUGCCGGGGUGGAGGGCUGUAUCUGGUGUAUGGGACCGAAGACCCAUCCCGAUCCGGCGAAGCGUGCAGAGGAAGAGAAGAUCAGGAUUAGCUAUCCUAUCGCUGCUGCAGAGGUUUUCUCUGGCUAUCUUGCUACGGCUCUGAGCCCACAACUCAUGCCGAAGAGAAAAUUCCCGUUCAGGUUCAUCUUUAUCAGUGCGUAUGGUGCCGAGCAGGAUCAGUUCCGGAGUCUGUGGAUGUGGAACGACUGGCGGAAGAUGAAGGGUGCUGCUGAGAAGGGUCUGUUCGACGUUGCCGACCAUUCCGAGAUGAUCCAAGGCCAUAGAUGCUUCGAAACCAUCGCUCUUCGCUCUGGCCAAGUCAUCAAGCCUGGAGAUGCAAUCGGGACCAUUCUCUGGGAAGCCACGGUGCCUUCUAUCUCCGUAGACCGAUUGGCUAAAGCAGCUCUUCGAGCUGCUCUCACGGGGACAGGUGAUGAGAAGAAGCGGAUAUUGGAGAAUAAAGAGUGUUUGGGGUCUGAUUGGGCUAUGGUGAACACCCUCACACUAUGA